AUGGCUGAAAUUGGCUCUCCGGGCACGAGAACUCGAGGUAUAGAAAAUAUAAUAGAUGCUCCUAGUUUCUCUUUGGGAUUCACUCAACAAGAAAACCCCAUUGCAGGAGGGUCAUCUUAUGCUGAGAUGCGUAGCAAAAAAAUCAAUGAUCCAAGAAGGAACAAACAACAUCAUGAUUCUCAUGAGGAUAAAGAAACAAAGAAGAAACAGUCAGCACCAGAUAAAAAAGUUUCUCAAGUGCCGCUACAGAAGAAGAGAAAGGUUACCAAGAAUGUUCCUGGAGGCAAGGGCAAAAAAGUAGUUCGGAAGGAACCUUCAAUUGAUGUAGAAGACGAUGGAGAGGAUUCUAGAUUUUUGGUCACGAAGCAGCCUGCUGUGGCCCCAUCUAUGCAAAGAUACACGAACGUCAAUGUAAUCAGUGACAUUAGGGAUAAACUAAAGGGGGCUGGUCAGAUGGACAAGUUUGCAGACUCUAUUUUUGGGAAGUAUCUCAGAAUGCAGCAUAUGGAUGUACAAGCACAGUUGUUCAGGUGCUUCAUGGUUAAAGAGCUUAAGGGAAGUACAUACGAGUGCUUUACUUUUGAAAUAAAUGGAAAAGUAUUGCGUUUUAGCAUAAGAGAAUUUGCACUAAUCACUGGAUUGAAUUGUGUCUCCGACGCAAAUGAGUUUGUAUACGAUAAGACGGAAAAAAAUAGGCUUAUGGAUGAUUAUUUGGGUGGAACAACUGAUCACAUCAAAAGGGGGCAGCUGAUUGAGUGUUUCAACAAUAUAGAUUGGGAGGACAAAGGCGAGGACGCAGUCAAGAUGACAAUAUUGUAUUUUAUAAAUACAUUUGUAUUCUGCAGUGAGCCUGUUCAAUCGAACAUACCUAGGAUACAUUUUGACGUUGUAAAGGAUGGGAGAUAUGUUGAUUAUCCUUGGGGCAAAGACUCCUUCAAAGAGUUGGUUACAAGCAUCAGUCAGAAAUAUGCCGACUUCAAGCAAUAUUAUAGGAUUCACGGAAUGCCAAUUGCCAUGCAAGUUUGGCUGUAUGAAUCUUGUUCAAAAGUCUCAUCCAAUAUUGCAAUUAAGUCGGGGAAUUUAAUUCCAAGAAUAUUGAAUUGGCGGACUGUUGAAGAAAGACCGAAAUUUGAUGCUUUGAUGGAAGGCAUGUUUAGAGAUGACAUACACCCGAUUUGUACUUUUGAUGAUGUUCUUCUAACCACUGCUGAGUUGGAACGACUUAAUUUGCCUCCUGUUGUUUCACAAGCUAUCCCCAACCCAACAGACGGAGUUGAAGUUGCCGAAGGUAACGAGAUGGUUGAUGAUGACUAUGAUGACUUCAGUACCACACUACCACACAAUGUAAGGGGUAAACAGCAACAGCGGCCUGCCGUAUCUGAUUCACCGCCUAAUAAGAAACGCAGACGGGUUUCAGUUACAGAUUCUACUGUAUCUGCUCAGUUUACUGAGCUUAACAAGUCCAUGGAUGAUAUUCGCAAGUGCAUCGAUGACAACUUCAAAAAGGUUGUUGAGGCAAUAAAGGGAAAUCAAACCUCAGAAAAGGCUGCCGAUAGUGAAGCUCCGAUAAAUCAAUACGAGGCUGGCAUACAAUACUCGCAUGAAUUCAAUCAAGAACAACAAUAUGCCAAAGAGACAUCAACUGUCAAAGAUGGUAUUGAUGAAAAUAAGUUAACAGGCACAAUGUUAACUGGCUAUGUUUCUGGUGUUGGAAUGCGCCAAAGUACACAAAGUGGGGAUACUUUAAAGGCUUCAACUGAAGAGAUUCAAGGUAGCGGUGAAACACCCCCGAAGCCAACACAACCACAGAAUCCCAUUUUUGGUUCUGUGAAAGGAUGUGGCGAGGCAGUCAUUGUGCAUACACAUGUGCCGGUUCUGGUUGUGCAACAAGGUGGGAUAAAUGAUAAUGCAGAAUUUAGUGCAUCAGAGCAAAUGGUAGCAGAGUUGCUAAUCCAGUGUCCUCUUGCCACCGUGAUUCCACUUGGUCCCCCUGCAAUACAAGUUAAUGAUCAAGCUGAUCCCUACAUGUUUACGACCCCUCAGAGCAGCAAAGUUGAGAACGUUGUACCAAAUUCUCAAUGGUUAAUUCUUGAUGAUGAAUUACCCAGCCAACUUGGAGUACGGAAAGGUUCAACUGCUGAAAUAGCACAACCUUCAAUCGAAAAUACUGAACGCCGAAUGAUUGUCCACCCAAGCAUUGUGCGAGAUAGGAAACCCAGCAAAUACACUGUGUCCCCUUUCAUGCCAAAUUACAGCUCAGCAGGAUCUUCUGCAAGGUCUUCUGUCCCUAUCAAAUUUGAAAAGAAGCACCCCUUUGUAGAACAUCCAAUAAAUGCCCCUGUGGACACGACGUAUUUUCAAGAAUAUGAAAAUUGGCUCAAGAAGGAUCUGUUAUUAAGGCAUGAUAAAAAAAGAGACAAGGAAAACCACUAUAGAAAAAACAAGGAAUUAGUGGAUCCUGAAGACGUCGAUAUGUCCCUCAAGUUAGGCGUCACACUUGUUAAAGACAAAAACUGGUUCUACUUGUUAUCAAUGGAAGGGAAACUUUGGAAUGAUGAGCAUCUUGAUGUUAUUUUUUAUUACCUCCGUAAGAAAGGCAAAUAUGAAGAUAACAACACAUAUAAAUAUACCACCGUCAGCUGUAUACUACAUACCAUAAUCACCGAGAUUUAUCAUACUUGGAAAAAUCCGGAAUCAUCCACAAGUGUUGCUAGCAAGGAAUCUGAUGUAUGUGAGUACAUAAAUGGGUACAGGUUGACGGGUAAUGUACCAUGGCAUACAGUUGACAACGUGUUAAUCCCUGUCAAUGUGAAAGAGGAAAAUCACUGGAUUUUAGUGGUAAUAUCAUUCAUUGACAGAUGUCUGUAUGUGUACGACUCAUAUCGAGCUGCAGGGCAUGAUGCCGUCGUUAGGAGAGAAGUGAACAUGAUGGCUGCCCUUGUGUCACAUCAUCUACAAAUGUCCGGUUUUUAUGAAAAGAAGAAGGAUAUGGAUUUUCAGAAUCACCCCGCUUACAAAAACAGAGCACUAAAUGACGAUUUUGAUGUCGUUAAUGUGGACGAUCUACCACAACAACCCUCUGGAAGCAUGGAUUGUGGUGUAUAUGUGGCAGCUUUUGCUGAAUUCUUGAGCUCGGGUGAAGGCAUUCCAGUCAAUAUUGAUGCAAAGUUUCACCGUCAGAGAUGGUGCACUUCUUUGCGACUAUGCUUGGGGAAAGGCAAAACAGAAUGGAGAAAGUGA